AUGGCCCUCAACAACAAUCAUUCUGAAUCUGGAGGAGUUAUCAUCAACAACAGCGAAAGUGUCUUGAUGUCUUAUGAGAAUGUGGAGCUGGUGUUCAGUGAUGCAGAACGCUUGCCAGAAGCCUUCAGAAAAAGCAAGAAGGGAAGCAUCUACCUGACGCCUUACAGGAUGAUCUUCUUGACUAAAGGGAAGGACCCUCUGCAGUCGUUCAUGAUGCCGUUUUAUCUUCUGAAGGGCUGUGAGGUCAAACAGCCGGUGCUCGGCGCCAACUACAUCAACGGGACGAUCAGCGCCGAGCCUGGAGGCGGCUGGGAAGGCUCUGCAACCUUCAAGUUGAUUUUUGUUGCCGGAGGAGCGAUCGAGUUUGGACAGUACAUGCUACAGGUGGCAGCACAGGCAUCCAGAGGGCAACCAGUGACUGUCAAUUACGGCUGUCCUCACAUUGCAAACGGGGCGUACGCUUACCCUCCUCCUCCUCCGUCUGCUAACGGCAUGUAUUCGGCCGCUCCUCCUCCGCCUGGAUACGCUUACCCUGGACCUCCACCUCCAGGUGGAUUUUACCCCAGCGCUCCUGGCUUUGACGAACCAGCAGCCUACAUGCCUCCUCCGCCAUACACCGCUCCUCCGGACCCAGAUCUGCCCAGAAGCGCCGCAGCUGAAGCAAAAGCAGCUGAAGCUGCAGCGAGUUCCAGCGCGACUACGUUUGCUCCGACACGGGUCUACCUGCCCGAGGACAAGCCUCCACCGUACUCUCCACCUGAAGACAACAAGAACCAGUAGAUGUGUCACAUCCUCUCCUCUCUUCCCCUCACCAUCUCCAGUUAACACGACCUGGCCUGUGUAGAGGGAGACGAGAGAGACACAUGAAUGAAUUCACAGCUGGUGAACGAGAGGGAGCCGACUGUUAGCUUUCUAACCGACAGUAAAUGAAUGAGCUUUUCUAAAUAUGAAAAUGAGUUUAUUUAGGAGACAUGUAUGAGUGAUUGUGUAUAGAUCGAGGUUUGAAGUAUUUUGCUAGUUGCACAAGAGUUAACGUUGACGUUCACAUUAAUAGUGCUUUCAGUUGUUGUUCAUUCUCGAUUGCUGCAUCUAACGUAAUCUGAAUGAAGAGCGUUGGUUGUUGCCACUCAGCUGUUACUCAACACUCAAGCAGUCGCUUAAAUCUUUGAAAAGAAACGCAAAUCAAAUGCGGACGCCCUUUACUAGACAUUCUGUUGAAUGCAUGAGGAACGUAGAAAAUAAAAAGUAGCUGAAAAAGUAAAAAAUGUAGUUGAGUUUGUAUCUUCGUCACAUUUGAAGAAAUAUAGCAUUCGAUCAGUGAAUGGGUGCCGUCAGAACGAGAGUCCCAACAGCUGAUAAAAACAUCACAAUAAUCCUCAAGUGCAUUUUCAGCCAUUAUUCAUAUUGAGGUGAACUAUUCCUCUAACUAUAACAUUUACAUGCCACUGUACAAGUCUGUUUUAUACAAGAGUUCUGGUUCUUGAUUCUGAUUGGACGGGCUGUUAGUCUGCUGUUGAUUCCACUUUGGCUUCUUUUGCAAUCAUUUUUAUUGCAGGAGCAAAAACCAAGUCAUCAAAUCAACUGAGCAUUAUCUACAAUCACCUUCACGAACACUACAUGAAGCACAUCUGAUGUAUUUUGCAGUGUUUUUUAGUCCUGGCAUCUCUGUCUCUGUUGCAUGCAGCUGUUAGAUUAAAGAUGCACUUUAACCCUACGUGCACCUUCAGUCUCUCGGACAGAGUUUAUAGAUUCUUUUUUUUUUUCCCUUAAUUUAUUUAACUAUACAUUUAAUCAUUUACGCAUGGUCUUGACUGUAUCUUGUUAUUCAAAGUGUAUUUUAUUAAAGUAACCCUGUACAGGUGGAACAAUGCAUUUCA